GAGGCCCCGCGCGCGCCUUUCGCUUGUGGAUCCCCAGCGCCAGGGGGAGGAGGAAAGGCUCAUCCAUCCAACCAGAGCCUAUCGGCCUGCUGCGUGCUUCCCCCUCCCCAGAUGUAAGUCUCCCACAAAGGAACUGAAGUUCAAAUAAGGCUGCUUCAGCCUUGCAAGAAAUGAUGAACUCACGAUUUUAAAACCAGAAUGCCGAGUUCUCUCCUACCAAAAGGAAGCCUGUGUCUCAACAGUAAUACUGUACAGACACAUGGCCAAGCUGUGAAAAAUCUUUAAAAAAAAAAAAACCAAAGGGAAUAUUUUUGUAGAACAUCUAGAUAUUUGCUUAUUCAACUUCAGUGCAGCAUAUAAAGCUUUUUGGCUAUAGACUUCAGGCUACCGUCACAGAAGAGUUGUGUGUAUGAUACCAACAGCCAAGUGAGAUGUCACGGCUCCUGUGGACCAACGGUACUGACCAGCUUUGAUGAAAGCUCGCUAAGGACAGAAGAAAGAAGACUAAGGAGGCAGGAUUUUAUGAAGUUCUUUGCGGAAGAAUAUUUGACCAGAAAUAGAGGAUCAUGAUGACAACAAAAUUCAUCUGUUUCAUGCUUAUAGCUGCUGUAGGAACUGCUGCUAGCAAAACACAAGAAUUUGAAGACAAUGAUGAGGAAAGAGAACAAGAAUUCAUUUAUAUGAACAGAUACAAGCGUUCCAGUGAUCCACAGGACAAAUGUACCUAUACCUUUAUUGUACCUCAACAGAGAGUGACAGGUGCCAUUUGUGUGAAUUCUAAGGAACCUGAGGUUCUCCUUGAAAACAGGGUAAAUAAACAAGAAUUACAGUUACUUAACAAUGAACUCCUUAAACAAAAGAGACAAAUAGAAACUCUCCAACAACUGGUAGAGGUAGAUGGUGGGAUUGUUAAUGAGGUCAAGCUCUUAAGAAAAGAGAGCAGAAAUAUGAACUCUCGUGUCACACAACUCUAUAUGCAGUUAUUACAUGAAAUUAUCCGAAAACGGGACAAUGCCUUGGAACUUUCCCAACUUGAGAAUAAGAUUUUGAAUCAAACUGCAGACAUGCUGCAGCUUGCAAACAAAUACAAAGACUUAGAGUACAAGUAUCAACAUUUGAUGUCAAUUGCAAAUAAUCAGUCAAUAAUAAUUAACCAGCUAGAAGAAUACUGUCAAAGAAUGCCAUCCAUAAAGCCUCUGCCACAAACUCCACAGCCGCCAAGCAAAGUGUACCAGCCUCCUACUUACAAUCGUAUGAUUAAUCAGAUAUCUACUAAUGAGAUUCAGAGUGAUCAGAACUUAAAGGUUCUCCCACCUACCUUACCAACCAUGCCUGCAGUUACUAGUAUUCCCACUUCAACUGAUAAACCAUCUGGACCCUGGAGAGACUGUCUACAAGCAUUAGAAGAUGGCCAUGACACAAGCUCCAUCUACCUUGUAAAGCCAGAAAACACAAACCGACUCAUGCAGGUCUGGUGUGAUCAACGGCAUGACCCCGGUGGCUGGACAGUCAUUCAAAGACGGCUGGAUGGUUCUGUCAACUUUUUCAGAAACUGGGAGACAUACAAGCAAGGAUUUGGUAAUAUAGAUGGAGAAUAUUGGCUUGGCCUAGAAAAUAUUUAUUGGUUAACAAAUCAAGGCAACUACAAACUGCUCAUAACAAUGGAAGACUGGUCAGGUCGAAAAGUAUUUGCUGAGUAUGCUAGCUUCAGACUGGAGCCAGAAAGUGAGUAUUACAAGCUGAGACUGGGACGCUACAAUGGCAAUGCAGGAGACUCUUUCACUUGGCACAAUGGUAAACAGUUCACCACAUUGGACCGGGACCAUGAUGUAUACACAGGUAAUUGUGCUCAUUACCAAAAGGGAGGAUGGUGGUACAACGCAUGUGCUCAUUCAAAUCUCAAUGGAGUUUGGUAUCGCGGCGGACACUACCGCAGUCGUUAUCAGGAUGGCGUUUACUGGGCUGAAUUCCGGGGGGGAUCAUACUCACUGAAGAAAGUUGUUAUGAUGAUAAGACCUAACCCCAACACAUUCCACUGAAAUAAUUUUUCCCUUGGCUAGCUUUCUCGUUCUGUUCUAAAAAAAAAUACGUAAAGCUAUACUUUUAUUACCUGGAAUUAUCUUUUCAGAAAUAAUAAGGAAUGUAAGAUAUUGUACAUUUAUUGCUAAAAUGUGAGGGCUUGUAUAUUGUGUUUCUAAGAAUCAUUCCAGGAAAAUAAAAGCUGAAGAAAAAGGAAAGUGACAUAAAAUUCAGAACCCCUCUUUAUACUAAAAGCUGUUAUAUUUUGCCUGUUAGAAUUGACGUGUGAGAUAGACUGUAGAGAGAUUGUCUGGUUUUUAUGCCCUGUAAAUUAAAUUUGGAUGCUAAAAAUACUGCCACAACACUUAAAUAUUUUUAAAUGUUAUAUUAUGUAUAAAUAUUCUCAAUUUACAAACUGUACAGCAAGAGUUUUAUUAUUAUUAUGAGCAAUUACUUGACGCAGGAAAUCAUAUCCUUUGAACUAGGUAGCUGGUAUAUGUACAGUAGUGUGAUUAUUCUAAUUUAAUCUUUGUUAAUUUGCAUUAAUAAAAUUAGUACGUAUAACUUGAA